UGUGAGAGGAAGGGAUUUAGCAGAGGCGAGAGGGAGGUGAGCAGAGGCAGGAGGGAAGAGGGGAAGGAACUGCCUGCCUGCGCCCCCACUGCUCACCAGCACCGACAGGCCACCGCGGACCUGCCUGGGGAGGGGCAGGAUGGACAUCGAGGUACACAACAUCACUUACACCAGUGCCACCGUCUCCUGGGCCAUGAACAACCCCUGUCCAGAGAACUACUAUCAUGUCAUGUACCGCCCCAACUGGAACAGCGUCUUUGCCGGCUACCUGCGCCAAAACUUCCACCGCGAGGAGAGAGUUCCUCACCCUCUCAGCUCCCUUGUCCUCCACCAGCUCACACCAUCCACCAUCUAUGUUCUCUGCAUCAUGUGCAAGAAUUCCUACCCUUCCAGCAACCACUGCACCACCUUCCACACUCUGGACAAGACCCCCCUGGUUUUUGGUGGCUCUAAGCACGAACCGACCCCUUCCAUGUGGAUGGUGAGCAGCCUGCUGCUCCUCUGCUUCAUUGCUCUCCUGGCCUACGGCUGCCUGCAGUUCUGGUCAGCACGGUGCCACUGGGCUGCAAGGCUGAAGCAUCCCGACACCAGCCAUGAAGAAAUGGGUGAAGGGAGCAGCUCACCGGAGGGGCCAAUGAAUGAUGGACUGAGAGAAGAGCUUCUGGAAGUCCCCAUGACCACUGUGCUAAUGAGGAGCUCCAGUUUUAAGAGGGAGAGUCCAUAUAGCUCCCCUGACUGCUUUUUUUCCUAUAAAACCAAUGAUGACAAAAGAGCCAUCCUGCCACAGCACAGCCUUCAGUGAGAGCGAAAUAAAAGCACACCCUGCUUGGAGGUUUGGUUUGUGCUGCUUUUUUCCUAACUCUUGCCAACAGGACUGUCUGUGUGCUCACGGAGGCUGUUUGUCCCAGAACAGGUAGCAGGGACAUUGGUUGUAGAGAAAAGGAAUUUUAUCAAGUGGCCAAAAACACUCUCAUUUGCUGAGGUAUUGUAAAAGGAAACCAAGUCAGGUCCCUGGGAACAGCUAGGCUGGGUUGACUGCAGUGUCACCAGCUAAUCUGCAUCAGUGCUGUAGCUUUACUCCAGAGUCAUCAGUCAACGCCUACAAAAGAUGAACUCCAGUCAAGUAGUUUCACACUUCAGUGAUUCUCAUUAGCAUCACAGCCCAAGCCCUCUUAAUGCCUGUGUACAGAGGCAUCAUGGCCCAACAAAAGAGCUUCUUCUCUGUAGUAAGUACUCUGUAUUUGCACACACGAGUAUGUUUGGAAUUCCCACUUUGAACUACAAAUGAGACUCCUGAAGUGGUACCUUCCUUGAGAGUCAGCUCUGCUUUGCUCUCUCUGAGAAUUUAGAAGGAUUUGCCUUGGUGUCAGGGCCAACAGCAAGCAGAGAGUGGUGUCAGCAUCUCCUCACACAGGCAUGUUAUGGAGUAGAAUAUGGGAAAACAAAAAAAGCACACUGAAUCUGCUCCUUGCAUGGCUUUUCAGUUUCAGACAGCAGGGUGACCCUGUACAUUUGCACCUGCCAUCUGUUAAUGUCCUAAUUCUUGCAUUUCUUUCUUCCUAAAUAAACACUUCCAACACCCA